AUGACUUUCCAUGUGGAAGGACUGAUAGCUAUCAUCGUGUUCUACCUUCUAAUAUUGCUGGUUGGAAUAUGGGCAGCCUGGAGAACCAAAAACAGUGGCAGCUCAGAAGAGCGCAGCGAGGCCAUCAUAGUUGGUGGCCGAGACAUUGGUCUGCUGGUGGGUGGAUUUACCAUGACAGCCACCUGGGUUGGAGGAGGUUACAUCAACGGGACAGCUGAAGCAGUGUAUGUACCAGAUUAUGGUCUAGCUUGGGCUCAGGCACCAAUUGGAUAUUCUCUUAGUCUGAUUUUAGGUGGUUUGUUCUUUGCAAAGCCUAUGCGUUCCAAGGGAUAUGUGACCAUGUUAGACCCGUUUCAGCAGAUCUAUGGAAAACGCAUGGGUGGGCUCCUAUUUAUUCCUGCGCUAAUGGGAGAAAUGUUUUGGGCUGCUGCCAUUUUCUCUGCCUUAGGAGCCACCAUCAGCGUGAUCAUUAACGUCAACGUGCAAGCUUCUGUCAUUGUCUCUGCACUGAUCGCCACUCUGUACACGCUGGUGGGUGGUCUCUACUCCGUGGCCUACACCGAUGUUGUUCAGCUUUUCUGCAUCUUCAUAGGCCUGUGGAUCAGCGUCCCUUUUGCCCUGUCACAUUCUGCAGUUACUGACAUUGGGUAUACUGCUCUGCAUACCAAGUAUCAAAAGCCUUGGCUGGGGACCAUUGAAUCAUUUGAAGUCUACACUUGGCUUGAUAGUUUUCUGCUGUUGAUGAUGGGUGGAAUCCCAUGGCAAGCCUACUUCCAGAGGGUCCUCUCUUCAUCCUCAGCCACUUAUGCUCAGGUGCUGUCUUUCCUGGCAGCUUUUGGAUGCCUGGUGAUGGCUCUACCAGCCAUACUCAUUGGGGCCAUUGGAGCAUCAACAGACUGGAACCAGACUUCAUAUGGGCCUCUAGAUCCCAAAGACAACAAUGAAGCAGACAUGAUUUUACCAAUUGUUCUGAAGUACCUCUGCCCUGUGUACAUUUCUUUCUUUGGUCUUGGUGCAGUUUCUGCUGCUGUUAUGUCCUCAGCAGAUUCUUCCAUCUUGUCAGCAAGUUCCAUGUUUGCCCGGAACAUCUACCAGCUUUCGUUCAGACAAAAUGCAUCAGACAAAGAAAUCAUCUGGGUCAUGAGAAUCACGGUGUUUGUGUUUGGAGCGUCCGCCACAGCCAUGGCCUUACUCACGAAGACCGUGUACGGGCUCUGGUACCUCAGCUCAGACCUCGUUUACAUCAUCAUCUUCCCCCAGCUGCUCUGUGUGCUCUUUGUCAAGGGAACUAACACGUACGGGGCUGUGGCGGGUUACGUGUCUGGCCUUUUCCUGAGAAUCACCGGCGGGGAGCCAUAUCUGUACCUUCAGCCCUUGAUCUUUUACCCUGGCUACUACUCGGAUAAGAAUGGCAUAUAUAACCAGAGAUUCCCAUUUAAAACCCUCGCCAUGAUUACCUCGUUCUUAUCCAACAUUUGCAUCUCCUAUCUAGCCAAAUACCUAUUUGAAAGUGGAAGCUUGCCUCCCAAAUUAGAUGUGUUCGAUGCUGUUGUUGCAAGGCACAGUGAAGAAAACAUGGAUAAGACGAUUCUGGUCAAAAAUGAAAAUAUUAAAUUGGAUGAACUUGCCCCUGUGAAGCCCCGACAAAGCCUAACUCUCAGCUCCACGUUUACCAAUAAGGAGGCCUUCGUCGACAUCGACUCCAGCCCAGAAGGGUCUGGGACUGAAGAUAACGCGUAA